GCCAAGGUAUCAAACCAAGCAAGCGUUCAAAAUCAUGGAGAACGAGGCCAAGCUGGAUCUGAUCCUGAAGAAGCUGACCGAGACGGACUCCAAGUUGGUGGAUCUGGAGAAGAACUCCCGCGCGGAUAUGCUGAACCUCAAGACAUCAGUGGAUUCGUGGAAGCCACAGCUCGAGAAGAAGGUGACUGAUCUGGCGACCACCGUUGGAAAUCUGCAGCUUCAGUUCGAUCAGCUUCAACUCCUGAACAAGGCGGAGCCGAAGCCUGACCUUACCGCCCAAUUGGGCGCCCGCAAUGCUGCUGAAAUACGGGCGGAGGUGCUUGGGUCUCAUCCCCAAUCACCACCCCCGGCCAAUGGUACGAACUCAAUCUUGUUCUCCACACCUGCUCCUUAUUUCCAUGAUCCAGCCAUGCGAACUGCUUUUACUGGUAGUGCUGUGGGCACAAGCACUGGUUUACCUCCUAUGCCAUGUCCACAAUUUGAUGGAGAUAACCCCCAAAUGUGGAGAGAAAACUGUGAAGCCUACUUUGAUACUUAUGGAGUCAGCCCUGCUCAUUGGGUUAGGAUAGCCACCCUCAAUUUUUCUGGGAAUGCCUCAUUUUGGUUGCAGUCAGUUAGGUCCCAAUUAAUAGGAGUCACUUGGGUAGAACUUUGUGAGAAAGUUUGUGCUAAGUUUUCUAGGGAUAGGCAUCAACAGCUGAUAAGGCAAUACAUACACAUUAGACAGACUGGUAGUGUAACUGAAUAUGUGGAUAAGUUUGAUAGCUUGAUGCACCAAUUGAUUGCUUACGAUAGUGAACUGAAGCCUGUGUACUUCGUCACUAAGUUCGUAGAGGGUUUAAAGGAUGCUAUUCACACUGUAAUUAUGGUGCAACGCCCCCAAGAUCUGGAUACUGCUUGCUCUUUGGCUUUAUUACAGGAGGAGGCAAUGCUGGGAACUCGAAGGUUGGAGUUCUCUACUCCAGUGAAGUCCAAUUUCAGGAACACUGCUCAAGUUUCUUUGACACCUCUACCAGUGAGACCUGUUGUGAAUGAGGAUAAGAAAACCCCUGAAGCAGCUAAGAUUACUCCCAGAGAUGAUAGAUUGUCCUCACUUAAGGCUUACAGAAAAUCUAAGGGGCUGUGUUUCACUUGUGGUGAAAGGUGGGGAAGGGACCACAAAUGUGCCUCAACAGUACAGUUACAUGUCAUGGAAGAGCUUUUAGAAGCUUUGCAAGAAGAUGAUGACCCAGUUGGUGAUGAUAUUGUGGCUGAAGCUGAGGGCACUCUUAUGGCAGUUUCAAGUCAGGCAAUAGCUGGAGUGGAAUCUUCAAAGUCUAUUAGGGUGAGAGGUUGGGUUCAGGGCUUGGAACUCUUAAUGCUUGUUGAUAGUGGAAGUACUCACUCCUUCAUUGAUGAGCAAGUGGCUAGAAAGCUGGCAGGAAUUCAGACCUUAUCACAUCCAGUGCAGAUUAAGAUUGCUGACGGUGGAACCAUGCAGUGUGAUAGAAGCAUACCUAACUGCAACUGGUGGAUACAAGGUUGCUCUUUCAGAACUGAAUUCAGAGUUCUACUGUCAAGGGCGUUGAUCCCUAGGGUAGCUGGCCCCUGGCUACGGAGUUCGUAGCCACGGUCCGUCUUCUCCGGCGAGGUUUGCCCCUCCGCCGCAGGCUUGAGAGUUACGAGAGAAGGGAAGAAUUGGGACAAUAACCAAAUUGCUUAAUUUCUGGAAUGUGCCGAUUACAGAGAUAUAUGGCCUAAGGCCCAACUAACCAAAGAGCUAAUUGCUCCUAAAUGCAAGGGCUAAUAACAGGAAACUAAUUAUCCUUUCCAUCCUAGCCACUGACCGUGGCCUGAUCUGCCGCAGCCGCGCGUUCUGCCUCUGCGCGCGCCGCGCGUUCCGCAGCUCGGCGAACGUCUCGCGCUCUGCGGCGUCGCACAUACGUGCGCCCCCACAUGACAUCUACAAUUGGGAGGGUACGAUGCUAUCCUGGGGAUGGACUGGCUUGAACAGUUCAGCCCUAUGAAGGUGGAUUGGGUGCAGAAAUGGCUCGAAUUUCCUCUGGCAAGAAGGUUGAUCAGAAUUGAGGGUAUCUAGCCUCAAACUGACCACUACCCUCAGAUUACUUCUCUGCAGAUCAAAGGGCUUAUGAAGACUGAGUCAGUAAUGCAUGUACUACAGAUUCAGAAGACUGACCAGACAUCUGAUGUAGUGAUUCCUGAUUCAAUCAAGCAUGUAUUGGACAGGUUUCAGGAAGUGUUCCAAGAACCCACAGAAAUGCCACCCGUAAGGAAUUGUGAUCACAAGAUUCCCUUGAUGGAAGGAGCAAGUCCAGUCAACCUCAGACCCUAUAGGCAUACCCCAGCACUCAAGGAUGAAAUUGAGCGUCAAGUAACUGAAAUGCUUCAGUCUGGAGUCAUACAAAACAGCAAUAGUGCUUUUUCAUCACCAGCACUGCUAGUCAAAAAGAAAGAUGGCACCUGGAGACUUUGCAUAGACUAUAAGCACCUGAAUGCAAUUACAAUUAAGGGAAAAUACCCUUUGCCUGUCAUUGAUGAGCUUCUGGAUGAGCUUUCUGGAGCUAAGUAUUUCUCUAAACUCGAUUUAAGGGCAGGUUAUCACCAGAUAAGGCUGCAACCUGGAGAGGAGCACAAGACAGCCUUCCAGACUCACUCAGGCCACUAUGAGUAUCGAGUGAUGUCCUUUGGGUUGACUGGAGCACCAGCUACUUUUCAGAAGGCAAUGAAUGAUACCCUAGCGACAGUGCUAAGAAAAUUUACAUUGGUUUUCUUUGAUGACAUUCUAAUCUAUAGCCCUGAUCUACCAUCGCAUAUUCAGCAUUUAGAACAAGUUUUGCAACUACUUCAAGCUCAACAAUGGAAAGUCAAGUUGAGUAAAUGUUCCUUUGCACAACAACAACUGGCUUACCUAGGCCAUAUCAUUGGCAAGGAUGGAGUAACCACUGAUCCUUCUAAGAUUGCUGAUGUGCUGCAUUGGAAAAUUCCUCAGUCAGUCAAGCAGUUGAGGGGCUUCCUAGGUUUGGCAGGAUAUUACAGGAAGUUUGUGAGAAACUUUGGAACUAUCAACAAACCACUCACCCAGCUGCUUAAGAAAGGGGUGCCCUUUAAAUGGACAGCACAAAUGGAUGAAGCUUUCAAUGCCUUGAAGCAAGCUUUGGUUAGUGCCCCAGUUUUGGCACUGCCUGACUUCUCAAAAACUUUCACUGUGGAAACAGAUGCCUGUGAUAUGGGAAUAGGGGCAGUUUUGUCACAGGACAGGCACCCUAUUGCCUUUGUUAGCAAAGCAUUAGGUCCAAAAACCAGGGGGCUGUCUACAUAUGAGAAGGAAUACCUGGCUAUCCUAUUGGCAGUCGAUCAGUGGAGAUCAUAUUUGCAGCAUGAUGAGUUUGUCAUACUCACAGAUCACCACAAUCUAAUGCAUAUCACUGACCAAAGAUUACAUACUCCGUUGCAACAUAAGGCUUUCACUAAGUUGAUGGGACUGCAGUAUAAGGUUUGUUAUCGAAGGGGAACCUCUAAUGCAGCUGCAGAUGCAUUAUCAAGAAGGGAUGAAGAGACAAAUGAUCAAUUGUGGGCUGUAUCCGAAUGCCAACCCCUUUGGUUAACAGCAGUGGUAAAAGGGUAUGAAACUGAUGAGCAGGCUCAGCAACUCUUAACUGAAUUGGCAUUGCAUCCUACUGCCAGGGAACAUUUUCAUUUAGUGCAAGGGGUAUUGCGGUACAAGGGUAAAAUUUGGAUUGGGCAUAAUUUAUCCUUACAGCAACAGCUAGUCACUGCCUUGCAUGCCAGCCCUAUAGGUGGACAUUCUGGUUUCCCAGUAACUUAUCAGCGAGUAAAAGCACUGUUUGCUUGGCCACAGAUGAAGAAAAUGAUUCAGCAGUGGGUAAAGAAUUGUACUAUCUGUCAGCAAGCGAAACCAGACCUAGCUAAAUAUCCAGGACUGCUGCAACCCUUGCCGAUUCCAGAAGGUGCCUGGCAAGUGGUCUCAUUGGAUUUUAUUGAGGGAUUGCCAAAAUCAGAGAGAUACAAUUGCAUACUAGUGGUGGUUGACAAAUUCUCCAGGUAUGCCCACUUUGUUCCUCUGUCACACCCAUUCUCAGCCCUAGAUGUUGCAGUGUCAUAUAUGAAGAACAUCUACAAACUUCAUGGGAUGCCUAAAGUACUGAUCUCUGAUAGAGACAAAAUUUUUACUAGCAAAUUGUGGGAAUUUCUUUUCUUGAAAUCUGGCAUUGCCCUGCACCUUAGUUCUGCUUAUCACCCACAGUCCGAUGGGCAAACUAAGAGGGUUAACCAGUGUUUGGAAAUGUUUCUCCGUUGUUUCACUAAUGCAGCCCCUUUUAAGUGGGUUACUUGGUUACAUUUAGCAGGGUAUUGGUAUAAUACUUGCUUUCAUUCUGCUUUGAACAAGACACCAUUCGAAGUACUCUAUGGCCAUAACCCUCUUCAGUUGGGUGUUACUAUGGAAACUUGUGCGAUUCCCGAUCUGGCUGUUUGGCUUCAUGAGAGGAAACUGAUGGCAGAAUUGCUGCAACAGCAUUUGCACCGAGUACAACAAAAGAUGAAGUUUCAUGCUGAUAAGAACAGGUCAUUCAGAGAAUUUGCAGUAGGGGACUGGGUAUUUCUUAAGCUGCAACCAUACGUUCAGAAGUCUGUUGCAUCUCGAGCUUGUCAUAAGCUGGCUUUCAAGUUCUAUGGCCCCUUUCAGAUAUUGGCAAGGGUCGGUACUGUUGCUUAUAAGCUUCAAUUGCCAGAUGACAGUACUAUCCAUCCAGUUUUCCAUGUUUCCCAGCUCAAGGUUGCACAUGGAUUUAAGCAUCAAGUUCAAUCUCGGCUGCCCAAAUUCCUGAAAUCAACUGUCUAUCCUCUUCAGAUUCUGGACCAGCGAUUGAUCAGGAAAGGUAAUCGCACUGUUUCUCAAGUUCUUGUAUAUUGGUCUGAUUCUGUUGCAGAGGAUGCCACCUGGGAGGAUCGGGAAGAUCUUCAGCAGCGUUUUCCAAUGGCACUGGCUUGGGGGCAAGCCACUUUUCAAGGGGAGGGGGUUGUCAAGAUCUUUCCUGAUGGAGAACAGGAGAACAAUACAGCAGAACUGGAGAUAGCAGCAGAGCAGGAGAUAGAAGAGACUUCAAUCGCUACAGCAAAGAAGCCCAUUCGAGCUCGUGUUCCUAACCCUCGCUAUAGUGGGCCAAUGUGGGCCAAGUAACAUCUUUCUUGUAAUAGGGAAAGAAUUCGCCAGCUGUAAUACUGUUGGCUGUAAGAGAGAGAGAGAGAGAGAAGGGAUACGGUAUAAAACACUCAAUGUAUCCGUGACUCGAAUCAUCGAUGAAUUGAAUUGGUGGCGGCUUGGCGGCGGCGGCGGCGCUCGAUCCGGUUGGGUCGAGUCGACGAUAACCUAUCUGUUCUUGUGAUC